GAAAAACUCUUGUCUCAAGUUCAUCUGAAGACAUUUUCAUUCGCAUCUUCUGCUUGACGGGAACAAUAGGAUGAGGUUUUACCACAUAAUAACUUUGGCACUGGCGAUAAUAUGCCUUUCUGGACACAGUGGACUUGGAGCUCCAGCAGCUUCAACCAAAGGCAACUAUAUGUGGGUGGAAUGCAAACCGGAUGGUAAGAAUGCAAACUGUCUCACAAAGAAGGGCCCCUUGAUCCCCCUGGAUGGGCAACUUACCCGACUUCCACCAUCUGCCGCAAAAGACAUAGUUGCAGUUAGUGCCGAGGAAGCCACUCCUGAUAUGGAGGAUCUGUCAGGAGACGGCUCGGGUGACUCGGACAACUUUCCUGUUUUAGCCAGCAAGAAGCAGCCAUGGAGGAGAGACGCUCCGGAGCAGGACAUCGUCAAGAAUGAAGAGGAAGGAUCGACAACAUUCAGUGGAGACAUCGAUUACUCCGAAUACGUCUCGACUCAGAAAGUAAAUUGGCUUUCUGAAGAGGAUUUGAAAGAGGAGAACAUUAUUGCGUAAAAAGCAGAGCUGCUUGGCAUCUCAUGGGAAUUUUUCUGGUUUUCGUUUCUUUGUACAAUGUGAAAGAUGCAGGAUACUGCUUUUAUUUUAGUCACAGAUAUAAUUAAUAUAUUUUCAGACUGUGACACGCUCUGCAAAAGUCAAUUGUAUUCCAGUUUGCAUUCUAAAGAUCUAUUUGAUUUGCUCUUUAACUUUUCUAUUAUUAUUUUAUUUGCUCUUAAAGGGAUAGUUCACCCAAAAAUGAAAACGACCUCAUCAUUUAUUCUCCUCACGUGAUUUUAAACCUUUUUUUUCUUCUGUUGAACACAAAAGAAGAUAUUUUGAAGUAUGCUGUUGCUGGGGAAAAAUACUAUGGAAGUCAAUGAGUGCAAGCUAUCAGCAUUCUUCAGAAUAUCUUCUUUUGUGUUUAACAGAUGAACAAAACUUAAAUCAACAAGGGUGAGUAAAUGAUGGCAGAUUUUUUUACUUUUGGGUGAACUAUCCCUUUAACGUGUGUCCCAAGAUCUAUUUGAAUUCAUUUGGAUUGGAAAUAUUACUUAAUUCAACAAAGGCAAUUGUAUGAACAGCAAGUAAAUGUUGUACAUUGUUUGUGCAGAUAUUGUAUUUGUAUAAUAUACCAAAUAUUCCAAAGAAACAUAUACAU